AUGCAAGAUGGAAGAGCACCUCGCAUUAAGAAUUGCGCGCCCGCAGCAUUUCAAGUAACAGCCGAACAACUGCUCCGAGAUGCCCAAGAACGCCAGGAGUCCCAAUUCCGCUCCCCAAGACAGCGCGUAGAGGACGUUGAAGAGCUGCAUGAGUACCGAGGUAGAAAGCGGGAGGAAUUCGAAAAGAGGAUCAGACAAACCGGGGGAAACAUCAAAGAAUGGCUGCAGUAUGGAAACUGGGAAGCAAGCCAAAAUGAGUUUCCUCGGGCACGUUCUGUCUUUGAGCGAGCUUUGGAUGUGGAUCCACGAGACGUCAAACUGUGGCUCAGCUAUACUGAUAUGGAGCUAAAGUCCCGCAACGUCCAGCAUGCGCGCAACCUCUUUGAUCGCGCUGUCACUCUUCUCCCCCGCGUAGACCAGCUGUGGUACAGAUACGCCUACCUUGAGGAGCUGCUCCAGAAUAUCCCCGGCGCACGGCAGGUAUUCGAGAGAUGGAUGCAGUGGGAGCCGGAUGACAAGGCAUGGCAGGCAUAUAUAAAGUUUGAGCAGCGUUAUGAAGAACAUGACCGGGCAAGCGCGAUCUAUGAGUCCUGGGUUGCAGUCCGGCCAGAGUCCCGUGUAUGGGUCAAGUGGGGCAAAUUUGAAGAAGAACGCGGUAAUCUGACCAAAGCAAGAGAGGUAUUCCAGACUGCCCUCGGGUGUUUUAGAGACGAAGAAGAGCAAAUUGAGAACGCUCAGGCUGUAUUCAGUGCCUUUGCAAAGAUGGAGGCUCGGCAAAAGGAGUACGAACGGGCUCGUGUUAUUUAUAACUUUGCCUUAUCGCGGCUUCCACGAUCAAAGUCAAACGCGCUCUACGCAGCGUAUACGCAAUUCGAGAAAGAGCACGGUACACGGGUUACUCUCGAAGCGACUGUCCUCGGUAAACGUCAUAUUCAAUACGAGGAAGAGCUUUCGCGCGACAGUCGAAACUACGACGUAUGGUUUAACUAUGCAAGGUUGGAAGAAGGUGCCCUUCAAGAUCUGCGAGGUGAGAAUGCCACCGCAGAGGAAGAAGAGCAAGCAUACGGCCGUGUGCGAGAGGUCUACGAACGAGCUAUCGCUCAGGCUCCCCCUGGAAACGAGAAGCGGUAUUGGCGACGCUACAUCUUUCUAUGGCUGAAUUACGCUCUCUUCGAGGAGAUAGAAACUAAGCAUUACGCCCGGGCUCGCGAGGUAUACCAAACCGCGCUCAAACUCGUUCCGCACAAACAGUUCACGUUCGCUAAGCUCUGGAUUCUUUUCGCCCGCUUCGAAGUUCGACGCAUGGAUCUAGGAGCAGCAAGGAAGAUCUUAGGGACAGGAAUUGGGAUGUGCCCUAAACAGGCACUCUUCAAAGGGUACAUCCAGCUUGAAAUCGACCUCCGUGAAUUCGACCGCGUACGCACACUGUAUGGAAGAUACAUAGAGUAUGACCCUACGAACUCCAGUGCAUGGAUAAAAUUUGCCCAGCUCGAAUCGCAGCUCGGUGACUACGCCCGCGCCCGUGCGAUAUUCGAACUCGGCAUUUCUCAAUCGACGCUGUCGAUGCCCGAGCUGCUCUGGAAGAAGUACAUCGAUUUCGAGGUGGAAGAGGGGGAGCGGGAGCGGGCGAGGGCGCUGUAUGAGCGGCUUGUGGUAUUGAGUGGGCACGUAAAGGUGUGGAUAUCAUAUGCUUUGUUUGAGGCUGAGUCGAUGCCCGCGCCGAGGAGCACGUGGGAGGAGGAUGAAGACGGAGAGACGGAGGUUAAGAUGGUCGAAGGGAACGUUGAUUUUGCGAGACGAGUAUUCGAUCGGGGGUACAAAGAUCUAAAGUCGAAGAGUCUGAAGCGAGAGCGAAUGGCUCUGUUAUUGGUAUGGAAAAAAUUCGAAGAAGAGCGCGGCACACCGGCAGACGUCGCCGAGGUUGAAGACAUGAUGCCCGUACCAUGUGUGACACGGCGCGUUGAUGAAGAGACUGGUCAAUUCGUGGAAGAUGAUGAUAUGUUGUUCAAAGAUGAGGAGCGCCAAUCAAACCCGACGUCGUCUAAGUUCUUGCAAGCGGCCCGUGAGUGGAAGAACGCCAAGAAGUCCGACGACGUACUGCCCCCAAGGCCCGAACUUGCUGUCGAGGCAGAUGCUUCCAGCGAUGUAGCCAGCUCGCACACUGGCGAUUGA